UCACUAGUCCCUACCACAGUCUACUUAGGCUUUCUCUUCCCCCUAAAUUAGGAUAGACUAAAUUAUACAAAUGUAUGGUUACUGACAAAAAAAAAAAUACCAUUUUUCCUUUUCCUUUGCUUUGCGAACCCAUUGAAAAGAUAAAACGUGGACUAUACAUUGAUGCCAUCAUCAGGAGGAGUAAAAAAUACUACUGGUACGUAGUAGUAACCGGAAAGGAAUUUUAUGAAAUAAUAGCAUAUAUGUAGCAGAAUCGAAUCCUCUUUAACUCGCUUUUCCUUUUUUCCUUGACCCCCGGUAUUAUUCUCUCUUCCCUCCUGCAAUUGCGAGUUGCGGUGCCUUUUUCUCUCAUCCACUUGCCACCACCGAUUUCCACUUCCUGCUAGCUGCAGCGGAAAAGAAGCACCAGAGCUAGCUGCGGGCAGGCAGGAAUAAGCUAGCUAGUGGAAUUCUCUAAGCAUGAGCCAUGAAAAGUGUGUCGACGAAGGUUGCAAGCGGUGUUCACGGAGGGGCUACUUUAAUCGCUCUUCUGCAGCUGUACUUAAACGUGGUCGCGGCCGAGCCAUAUGCUCUUUCCUAAUCACCUUCCUCGUCCUGGCCGGCAUCACCGCUCUCAUAUUAUGGUUGGUGUAUCGUCCCCACAAGCCAAAGUUCAGGGUGGUUAGUGCUGCAGUCUUUGAUCUCAACGCAACGGCUCCUCCCUUCUUGUCGGCCACCAUGCAGUUCACACUCACCACCAGGAACUCUAACCGGCGAGUCUCCUUUUUCUACGAUCAGCUUUCGGCUUUUGUCUCCUACAGAGACCAGGCCAUCACCCCUCCCGUGAUGCUGCCACCUUUGUAUCACGAGACGAAGAGCACGGUGAUUAUGUCCCCGGUGCUGGGUGGAGCUUCUGUUCCCGUUUCGCCGGAGGUGUCCAACGGCCUGGCCAUGGACGAGGCUUAUGGAGUGGUGGCUCUGAGAUUGGUACUGUUGGGAAAGCUGAGAUACAAGGCUGGUGCUAUCAGGACCGGUCGUUAUGGUAUAUACGUCGAGUGUGACAUGCUGGUCGGAGUGAGGAAAGGGUUUGUAGGUCAGGUGCCUUUGCUGCCAUCUCCCGGAUGUAAAGUAGAUACUUGAAAGAGAUCAUCACCAAAGCAGCUAUGGACAUCAUCUCAUCAUACCUCUUCAAGUGGCCCUCAUCAGCGAUGUAAACGUUUCCCCCGUUCAAGUUACUCACAAAACCAACGUCAGUCUACUGUUGCUACUUUUCACUUUUAAGGUCAUAUAACUCUUAAAAGUGUAUCCCAUAUAACUCUUAAAGUUACCCUAGAGGCUGUCCUGUGGGGUUUCUAUCCCACAUCCCUCUUGGGGGUUGGGGGAUUUGGUAGAUAAGUCUCCUGACGUCCUCACAAGUUGUCGGUUUUGAGGAUUGUUCGAGAAUUAGGUUUAUUUGCGAAAUUCUGUGGCUUCAUAAGAUGAUGAAAGAAAAAAAAAACUCUUAAAAGUGUAAA